AUGCCCUCAAUGUCGUGCCAAAAGUACUGCUUCUCGGUGCCGAUGAUGAGGGUCUUUGUUUGUAGAUACCGAUGCCGCAGCCAUGCCCAUGCGGAUGCGGCGGAAAGCGGAAGAAGAGGGGAGGCCAUUGGGCCCCUCGAGGGCGCCACCGAGGCUUGCGCUGACCCCAAGCUCAGGAAGAUCAUCGUCGACAAUCUACGCGCCGAGCCGGGCGAGUCGCGCACAUUCAUCAUGGGCACCAUCCUCAAGGAGUUCCCGCACGACACCUUUGCCAUCGCUUGUACCUCGGGCGCCGAACAGAAAUUCGCCACGACCUCCGACUACUUCUGCGUCGACGGCGACUCCAAGCAGACAUGCUACGUCUUCCGGGUUCAAAGCGGAGACCACGAGGAGAAUGAGGAGACUGUUGAUGAGAAGAAGAUGGAAAAUGAGAAGCAGAAGAAGGAUAGAAAGGAGCUGAAGAGAGAUGCUGAACACGAGAAGGAAAAUGCGGAGGAUGAACAGAAGCAGGAGAUGAAGCGUGAAGAUGACGUCUCGGUCGACGCGGCUGAUCAAAAGAAGAUGAAGAAGGACAACAAGCGCGAGGACAUGGCCGCUGAGGAAAACGCGAAUAAGAAGAAGGACAAGAAGGAUGCUUCUGCUGAAGCCGAGGAAAAGCCAAUGAACAAAAAGAACCAAAAGAAGCGCGAGGAAAGCGCCGAGCGCGAGGAGGAAAUGGAGCACGAGAAGGCGCAGAACAAGAAGGACAAAAAGCGAGAGGAUAAGCCGGAGAACGAGAAUGAGAACGAGAAGAAGGAGAAGCGAGAGGAGAAUGCCGAGGAGGAAAAGUCGAAAAAGAACAAGGCGAAACGUCAGAACUCUUCCGAGGAAGCCGAAAAGAAGCCCAAGGCCAAAAAUAACAAGGCAAAGCGAGAAGAGAACAGCUCCGAGGAGAAGGUCAAGGUCAAGCACGUCAAAAAUCUCAAGAUGAAGCGAGAGGAAAAGUCUGAGGAGCUGAAAUCGGCCGAGAUGAACGAC